UUCAAGUCUAGCUGACUGGAUAUCAAUGCGGAGAAGUUGAGUUAAGUAUAUUUAUGUAUUUACUCUUAAGUCAUCGCGUCGAGCUAAGACAAUUUGAAGUCUUGAGUUUAGUGAAAUAAAAAUACAAAUUUAAUGUACUAAAUUGUGAAUUAAUUGUAUUAUUUAUGUUUUAAAUAAAAAAAAAAAACAUAAAAGUUUCAAGAACACAAGAAAUUCAUUGAAGGAGUGUCGUCGGUCGCCGUGUUUAAAUGUUUUUCAAAAGAACUAUUCUCAUUGUUUGUUUAUUUGUAAAUAUAUACUACCAACAAGUGUACAACAUAUAAACAUAAUAUUGUGUUUGUGUGAAAUAAAGAUAACGGAUCUUUCUUAAAAAGUAACAAACUAGCAUAAAAAUAUCUUAAUUUUUAUGAGUAACAUUCUACGUAAAAUGACAAAAUCAGUUCAACAAAAAUAUCUGCAAGCUAUUGUCUUCCUUGUAUCUUGUUGCAGUACAGCAUUAUCCUGUCAUGGAACAUUAAGAGCUUCAGGCAUCACAGCAGACGAAAAGAAAAUUAUCCUACAAGAACACAAUAAAUUAAGACAACUUGUAGCAACAGGUGGUUUUCCUGGUCAGCCAGCCGCAGAAAAUAUGCAAGAAAUUGUUUGGGAUGAUGAACUAGCAGCUCGCGCGCAGGAGUGGGCUAAUAAUUGUGAAUUUAGACAUGAUCCAAAUAGGACAAUAAAACGCUUUACUAUGGGACAAAAUUUAGCAGUUAUUUGGAGUACAGCCCCGCUAGAACCCGAUGAUGGUGACUUUCCUUCGCGCAUUAACAAUUGGUUCAAUGAAGUUCAGAAAUAUUCGUUUGGCGCUUCUUGGUCACCCAAAACUGGUCAUUACUCACAGCUUGUUUGGGGGGAAACAAAUUUAAUUGGAUGUGGUUACUCUGAAUAUAAGGAUAGAGCAAAAUACAACAAACUAUACGUGUGUAAUUAUGGUCCAGGUGGAAAUGUCGUGGGUUAUAAUCCCUAUGAAAUUGGAAAACCAUCUUGUAAGAAUUACGGAAUGGAUCCAUCGCCACGCUAUAGAGGUCUUUGUAUGGAUCCAACCCUUACCCCACUUGGUGAAGAAUUCUUUAAGAAAAUUGAAACGUAUGAAUACAAGCAAAACACAUUUAACACCAAAACAUCGUUCACAAGUUCACGAUCUAAUAACCAACAACCCCAACAGGCGGAAAUCCAACAGCAACAACCUGCCAUCCCUGAGAAGCAACCAAGUAGCAUACCAGCCAUCCUAUCGUCCUUCUUUCAGCACGAACCAGUUCAACCGAAAAUCGUUCCCACGAAUUCCCAAUUACAACAAGAAACUCAAAGCCAUUUACCCUUCAUCAAAAAUCCCAUUAGUGAUCAAUCAAUUUUGAAAGCAAUUUUAAGCCCAACUUCUCAUUCAUCUGAAGAGAGAACAUCGCAACUUCAGCAGAAACCACAUCAACAAAUAGAAAACAAGCAACAACCAUCGCAGCUGAAGCAGGAAGAACCUCAGUACCAGCAUCAACAACAUCAACUGCCACAACAACAACAACUUCAAGAUGAAGCGCCUGAUACUAAUCUAAACGAAAUUAUGUCAAGGACUCCAAAGGCACGUUGGAGCCUUCUAACGUGGCGUGGCUAAAUUUUAGUUGUUUUUUUUUAACUAAAAUUUAUCAAAAAGAGUAUUAUUACAUUAAUUGAAGCUUAGAGUAAAAAAUCAUUCUUGAGUUCAUAACAACUGGGAUGAGAACAGUAACUGACUCAUCAUAAAUGCUAUGCAAUUUUUUUAUACUUUGUUCAUUUCAUUCAACCUCAUUUUAAAUAUAUUGUAUAAACUCAUUUAAGAGUUGAACAGAAUGCGUUGCUAGUCGAUCAGCGACUAAAAUGACAUAUGUCAAAAAAAAAACUCGCUCUCCAAGACGGUGCUUACAUUGGCCUCACUUUGCCGAUUCAUUUUGAGAGUUAUGUGAUUCCGAAGAUUUUAAAUGUGCAAGUGAGAAAGCAACACAUACUAAGUGUCAAAAUCAAUCGGCGGAGUGAGGCCAAUGUGAACACCGUCCAAAAUCGCUGAAGAAUGAGUAAAAAGAAUGCAGUCACGCGACGAGCUGUCAAAUAACGUAUACAAAAAUGACUAUAAGAAAUCGUUUUUUCCUACAAGGCAAAAUUUAGUGUAGUUAUGUUUUUUUAAUUUUUAAGCUCGUUGCGUGACAAAGUUGAAAACUUUUGAGCAAAUCGCUGAGCGACGAACGACUGCAUUCUGUUUCCCAUGAGUAACUUCAAUACAAAUUUCUCAUUUUUGAAACCUGUCAUUUUAGUCGCUGAGCGACGAGCGACACAUUCUGUUCAGUUCUUGAGGUACCUACAACAGUCGGGAUUUACAUUUGACGAUUUUUCCAAAACCCUUUAUUGUGAGAGGUUUCGUCUUCUAAUACCAAAGGUAAUACUAUAAGCGUUUUAAUUAAAGAAAAUACAAUUCAUCAAUAUCUAUUUCCAUGAAAUGUAAUAUGUUUGACAAAACGCAUGGACCACUGCAGGAGCCAUAAUUUCAUUUGGUUCUGCUGUUAUUUUAGAUUGCAAACCUGCGCAAUAUAACACUUCUAGUACAUAUAAAAUACCAAAUUAAAAUACGCACUGGAAUAAUUUGUACAGUAACCUUAUACAUCAUACAACUGGCAGUUCUGAUUUUUGGCAGAGUUGACAAGGUUACUGGACUUUAGUCAGGUUACUGGACUAAAUCGUCGAACGUAAAUGAUGACUUACCUUAGAGAAUGUACAUACAUAUGUAGCUAGACAACAAUUUUAGAAAAAAAGAUACACAUAAGACUUUUAAAACUUUUAUCUUGAGUUUAUAAGAAGACUAUCUAAAACAUUAGGUUGAGCUUAAAAAUACUAAAUAAAAAUGUGGAGAACGAAAAUGUUUUGAUUUACAUGAUUAACCUUUCCUGUUUACUUUUAGUCUCAAACUCUUUUUUGACAGGAAUGGAGAGGACCUACAAUAGCCUAUCGAAUACGAACACGAACGGGUAAAACGAGACGCAAUAUCUAGUGACAGGAGACACAAUUGGAGGCCUUGUAAAUUAUUUUCAAGAGGGA